AGCAGCUACAUAUUUUCGAUGAAACGAAAUCCAUCAUUCUAUAUCACGAUGAUCAUAAUGCCGUCAUUUGUCAUCAACGUACUUUCUAUUAUGGGAGUGUUUCUGAAAACUGCUGAUAGUAUGGGGAAGCUUGGAAUGGCUUUGACGAAUAUUAUGUCAUUAACGUUUGUACUUGGAAUUCUUGCCACAGCUUUACCUAGAACGGAGAAGUUGCCAAAAAUCGGCAUUUAUAUCAUAGUAAAUCUGAGUAUCAUGGUAGCAGCACUGAUAGUGGUCCUUUCACUACCAUGCAUCAGGCGCACGAUAGUCACUCGCUUGGGAGUGGGUGACGACUGCAAAGGGGAAAAGAAGGAGAGGAAGGAGGACAAGGCGUACGUGGUGAUCAACUUGGUUUUCUUCGUACUGUUGGAACUUGCAAACCUCAUCAAUUUCCUUUUACUUAUCAUUUGA